AUGGGAGAAAUUUUAGAACUAACUAAUAAGAAUUUCAUGAGCCACUUGAAAAAGGACAUAACUUCGCAAGAAUCCUUGAAAAGUAGAAUUGAGGAUAAAAAUGGUGAUGUCGCUAGCCCGAAAGAGGAUAACUAUCCUCUAUUGAAUGAAACAGCGGCAUGGCCAGAUGGGGUGAUUACCUCUGAAGAAGGAUGUUCAUCUUCAGGUGAGAAAGAGAAUUCAGGCUUAUGUUCAGAAGAAAGUUCAGAAGAAGAUCCAGAAGAAGCUGAAGAGGAAUCUGCAAGGGCUUUUGGAGAGUUAGUUGCAGUCUUGCGGGACAAAGACAUACCACUGAAUGUAUUGGACGAACCUCAGAUGAAAGAUUGGCUUGAAAAAUACACCGGUGUUUAUAGAAGCUCUUGGCAUGGUUGA